GUUCAGAGCGUCCGACCGCGACCACAGGCGCUAUGUGGCUCCUGGCAAAGCCAAAAGGGAAAGCGUGCCCGCUCUCCAGCCUGGCCUGGCCCUGACCUCCGUCUCUGCGGCCCUCUGCUUGCCCGACCUCCUUUUCUUCCACAGGCCAUACCAUGGAGCCCUCGAUCGCCCCACCUGAAGAGAGCAUCUCGCAGUGCAAAAUAUGCCUGGGGACAAUCAGCGAAGCCUACAUGACAAAAUGCGGACACAGCUUCUGUCAUCGCUGCAUCCGGUCGCAACUCGAUUACCGUCUCGAAUGUCCCAUCUGCAAACAGCCGGUCGGCGUCGAAGAGAUAUAUCCCAACUUUUCAUUAAACAAGCUCAUCACGGAAUCGCAAGCCCCAUCAACGACCGCCUCUCCGUCAAAGUUGAUUGAUCCCUCGGCGCUUUCGCUACAGGGAAUCACCGACCUGAUGACUAGCUUGGUCGACCGCCGGGCAAAGAUCGUCCAGAACAGCAAAGAAGUCGCCCUGGCUCUUACUCGAGACUUUCUGAAGCGAACGAUUGUUGUCAAAGAGCAGGAGCUCAAGAGGCUGCAGCAGCAAAUUGGCUGUCUCACCGACGACCUGUCGUAUGUCGAGUCCCAGUCAAGCGAGCUGAGCAAGCGCCUGCAUGGUGCUGCGCCUACAACAGCAACGGCCCAGCCAGCAACUCCAGCGCGAGUCCCGACGAACGUCCCCGAGAGCGACGCUGCUGCGACAUCGUCGUCGACACGGCCGUCCGACGCACAUGAACGAACAAAGAAGCGUAAAAUAGAGGAGACGGAGGAGCCGCCUUCCAAGGAAAUCGACAAGCAAACCGCAGUCAGUCUGCCAGCAAGCAUCGAGCGGAUGGCAGAGAAGCAGGGCAUGAAGGUGCAGUACCACUUUGAGGAUCUGCAAGAAUACUACUUUGGCCAUCGGAACGAGCCCCCGCCAGGCUCCCAGCCGGCUGCGACCGACCUGACAACUCGAGUGGAUCGGUUUGUGGACUCGUUUGCCAACACCCUCAACAGCUUCUCGCGAGUCUCUCGAUUCCGGCUGUUGUAUCUCCUGAACUACGCCGACUCGAGCAUCACCACGACAUCGAUUGUGUCGUCGAUCGAGUUUGAUAAAGAUGACGAAUUCUUUGCGACGGCCGGGGUUACCAAGAAGCUCAAGAUAUACGACUAUGAAGACGUCAUCAAGACCUAUACGUACCAGCGCCGGGACAACUUUAUUACCCGACCGUACUCAGUUUCUGCUCCGUACCUUGAUUUGGAUGUGAUGGAUGGACUGCCGCGGCACCGAGAGGUGGCCAUCCCGACCGAGCCAACGUACAUCAGCCGACGGGAUGACAUUGAGUAUAUCCCAAAAUACCCGAUACGAGAUAUUGGCUGCAAGUCCAAGAUCAGCUGCCUUUCGUGGAACUCGUAUUUCAAGUCGUCGCUAGCAGCAUCCGACUAUGAUGGUGUCAUUACCAUCUGGGAUACCGCCACAGGCCAGUCGGUCCACUCCCUUGACGAACACGAGAAGCGCGCUUGGACGGUCGACUUUAGCUCCAUGGAUCCGCUGCGGAUCGCCAGUGGCGGAGACGACACUCGAGUGAAAAUCUGGUCCAUGAAUGAGCGCUCCUCAGUCUUGACGCUCGAGGCCAAGGCCAAUGUUUGCUCAGUCAAGUUCAACCCCGGAGCUUCACAUGAAAUCGCCUUUGGCUCAGCGGAUCAUCACGUCCACUACUAUGAUCUGCGCAAGUCCGAUCGAGCCCUCCACAUCUUCCGGGGGCAUCGCAAGGCUGUGUCCUAUGUCAAGUACUUGAACAAAAACGAAUUGGUAUCAGCCUCGACGGAUUGCACGCUACGGAUGUGGAAUAUUCGAGACUCUGUCAACUCGGGCGCAUCCAAGUGCAUCCGGACGUUCUCGGGCCAUCUCAACGAAAAGAACUUUGUCGGUCUCAGUAUCAACUCAACGGGCGAGUUUAUCUCGUGUGGCAGCGAGGCAAACUGCGUCUACACCUACUUCCACUCGCUGCCGAAGCCUGUGAUUGUGCACAAAUUCGGAAACUCGAUCGAUUCUAUAUCCGGCGAGGAGGUGCCUGAGGAAGACCCCAACCAGUUUGUCAGCUCCGUCUGCUGGAAACGAAACUCGCCCGAUAUUCUGCUGUCGGCCAACUCUCGCGGAAUCAUCAAGGUCAUGGAGAUGACGUGAAACCACCACCCUGCUCCUCAACAGCCAAAAAUCGUCGCCUUGACAACCCCACACAUGCCAUUUCACAAUUCCCUUGCCCCACCCGCGGCCAGCUGUGUGUCCCCCUCCCCGUUGCUGAGUGCGCUCUGCUUCCACCAUCAUGUUCCUCCAGCCCAUCGAAAUACGAUUUGUAACCAGGACGGCUGGUCAGUGC